AUGCCGGUUCUGCAAAUGGAGCUGAUGCAAGAGGAGCACGAGGAGGACGAGGAGAGCUUCGACGCGUCGCCGCAAGACACAGAGCCGGCUGAGCCGGCGGAGUCGACUGCCUUUCUGCAGCGGCCGAAGAUGAGGCCUUGCUUGGUUGAGUUUAUGAUGCUGACGCCAAGACGCCGCUUGGGGCUUGGAGUCAUCCUGUGUGGAUUGAGCCUCGCACUCCUGGCGGUCCUCUUGGCUGGAUCGAUUCCUUCCAUCAGCCAGCCGCGCCACCGCGCGCAUGCUGGGAGAUUCCGCUUGAGCCUGUGGUCCGGGGAGGGAUCUUGUCGCAGCAUGGGCUGCGAAAGUGACAACUACGUCGGUAGCUGCCAGUGUAACGAUGGGUGCACUUAUUUUGACGAUUGCUGCCCCGACUACCAGGAAGUUUGCACAUCGGCUGGGCAGUACGAACCUCCGGAGCCCCGUGGUUCCUGCCAGUCAAUGGGUUGUGGCAGUGAUGCCGCGGGCUGUACAAUGGCCAACUGUGCGAACCUUUGCCAGUGCAUUCCCAGCUGCCGCGAAGCCGGGAACUGUUGCCAUGACUUCGAGAUGCUCUGCAUGGGUGGUGGCGGUGGCGGUGGCGGUGGCAGUGAGGGUGGCCGUUACGAUCGGGAAGGCGAGGCAGGUGAUGGUGACGCCGACUCAGGUCAGUACUGGGAUGGAGAUGGCGACAAAGGUGACGAUGGCGAGGAAUAUGGGCACCAAGCACCCCAUGAUCCGGGCCCGUCCUUCCACCACCGAGAGGGCAGCACAACAUCCACCGAGGCUACCACAAGCUCCACGUUGCCCCAAACGUCGGAGCCGACAACCGUGCCCAGCACCUCUACAGCCAGCUCAGAGCACAAGAGCGCCCUGCGUCACACUCCCAGCCACCGAAUUGCCACAAGGAAGUCACAUAAACAUGCUGGAAGCACCGGCGGUGGCUCAUACGGCCAAGAACCUGCUGGAAGCACCGGCGGUGGCUCUUACGGCCAAGUCAACUUCGAAGUCUCCGAUCCGUGGUCUCCCUCCGAGUGGAGCUCGGACUUCGACUCACAAAGGGAAGACAUGUUGGAGCUCCUGAAGUGGCAGCAAGUCAAGGCUUGCCCUGCGCAGGUCGUGAAUCGCGACAUUCCACAGGGACAGAAUGCGAGAAUCAUCCAAGAUGUACCAACUGCAGGUCACUGUCAACGGAUGUGCACGGAAAGCGACUGUGAUGCUUCUGUGUGGGGUGCAGUCCGCGACGUCGAAGGCCUGUCGGACGUCUGCUUCCUGAAGAAAGUCUCUGGACCUCCAGACAUGACGGAGAAGCAGGGCGUUAUCGCCGCCUUGCCCUGCUGUCGACCCGGGCAGGAAGGACAAAGUUGUCCGCGGCACAUGCUGCAGACCGAUGCCGUGACAGAGAAUGGAUUCGCUCCCAUGCAAGGAAUCACAUCGGCCAACGCGUGCCAGGAGAAGUGCACAAACACAGAGGGUUGUGCAACCUUCUCUUGGGGCGCCGCGCGGAAUGUGCCUGGGCUCUCAGAUGUAUGCUUCAUGAAGAAGCUGAACCCGAACGAGAAAGUCAAGUUGGUCAGCAAAAAGGAGACGAUCGCAGGCCUUCCCUGCGGCUGCCGAACUCCUGCAAGCCAAGCCUUGUGGCCACGAGACGAGGCGCACAUCUUCCGGAUGCCAAAGCCUCCGAGUCCCCGCCCAGCCAGUCCUGGGAGUUGCUUCUGCACCGCCCUGAUGCGAGCGUACUCUUACGAAAUGGGCAUGAUGACCCAGCAGUACAAUCAGAAGUUGGGAAUUUUCGCUUGUACGGGCUUUGCUGUCUACAGCAACCAGGAGAUGGUCCUUGCGGAAGGGCUGAUCACAAAAAAGGUCUACACAUCGCAGAUGUGCGAGACGGGCGGGGAGUUCAAGACGGCGCUGAACCUGAGGAUCUUCGCUGCCUAUUGGAAGCAACUCUUCGUGGAUGGCGAUUUUCUCAACUACAACUAUGUCAUCAAGGCAGAUGCCGACACCGUCUUUCUCUUCAAUCGGCUUCCGCCCCUGCUUGCCAAGUACGACGACAGAGCUUCCGGUUAUGAUGGCAAGGGGGUUUACUUCAACAACUGCAAGUAUGGGAUGCACGGUCCGCUCGAGGUUUUCUCUCAAAAUGCGGUGCUUGCUCUUUGGGGCCUGUUUGAGACCUGUUACUACUACUUCCUUGAUCUGUGCAGUGGCGAUUGCAAUUGGGGAGAAGAUCUUUGGUGCGAUCAGUGCCUCAAGAGGAAGGCAAACAGAACCAUCGACCGGGUGAACCUCUACGAUCUUCUUCAAGAGCGCCACUGCGAUCCACCGAAAGAUUGGGACUCUUGCACAGACCCUGAUGUCGUAGCGUUCCAUCCCUUCAAGUCCGUGGAAACCUGGCAAGCUUGCCAUGACAACACAUUGUAA